AUGGAAGCCUUUUCUACUGUCCUUCAAUCCAGAAUCUGCCUUGAGGGUUUCACUUUUCAUCCUAAGUGUGCUGCUAUUAAUCUUUUUCACUUGGUUUUUGCUGAUGAUAUGUUCAUUAUUUAUAGGGCUAGUACGCAAUCUUUUUCUACCAUUGAUAGUGUUCUGAAGGAUUUUUAUCUGUUCUCUGGUCUUCAACCUAAUUUCCAAAAAAGUGCUUGCUUUUUUGCUGGGGUCGAUGGGCAUCUGAAACUGGAGUUGAGGAAUAUUCUUGACAUCCCUGAGGCUAAGCUUCCUAUUAAGUACUUAGGGGUGCCUCUGAUUUCUUCCAAGCUUAAGCAUUUAGAUUGUUUGGUGCUCAAGGAUAGGAUGCUUAAACGUGGCCUGGGCUUUAAAAGAAUCAGGGAAUGGAAUAAGGCCUCUAUGCUUAGGCAUAUGUGGGCAUUGUGCAAGGAGGAUGAUAUUCUCUGGGUUAGGUGGGUGCCUGCUUAUGUUAUAAAACAUAGCUGUUUCUGGUCCAUGAAGCUUCCUAAUGACUCCUCUUGGACUGUUAGGAAAAUUUUUGGGCUUAGGAGUGUUGGUUAG